GGAGGAAAAGAUGGACCACCUAGGACAGCAUGUGUCGUUAAGCCUAGGACGGGACAUAAUGGUCACUGUAGCCGCAAACCGGUCUUGGAAGGAGACCCGGGAUGUGAUGAUGAGGAAGUACCUAGCGGCGGAGAAAAUGGCAACGGAGGCCGACCUAGCGGCAGUUCAGAGGAARAACUUCGCAAYRUACAAYGAUUUYCUACGRGAAUUUACUCUAGUAGCACUAAGGAUCCCCGGRGUCACGRACCGGAUAAUGAGCAAAUAUUUCCUCAGGCAGUUCUCCGAGUUCGACAAAGACAAGAUCCUGUCAGCCUACCAACAGACGAGCAAGUUCGUAAACACGUGGGAUGUUGAUCUUAGCACGGUAACAGAUUUGGUUGAGAAAAUGGUAGUAAGGGAGACGUUGGCCUUGCUCAAGGAAGGAGAGAUCAUAGAUCUGAUCGGUAGGACGGGCGACAAGGUAAAGAAAGGGAUUGAAAGUCUACAUGAGCGGGUGAACGGGGUCGACAAUAAGAUUGAAAGGAUGGAAGGCGCGCUAAUGGUUAUGCAAGCGCAAGUAUCCCGACCUGCCCUCCCUCCCCAGGAAGCUGUGGUCCCGCCAGGUGUAGCAAACCGGGGAUACGGACAGAGAGAUCCUGCUAACGAGCAAUGCAAGUACUGCACCGCGAUAGGACAUUAUGUGCGCGCCUGCCCAAAGCUCAACCAUGAUAUUAUGAAAAUAAGGUGUACCAGGUCGUUAAAGGGGGAGAUAUUUGGACCACAAGCGGAACGGGUGAACUGGAACUCGCCAGGAGGGAUGUGGCGAGCCAUUAUCAUGCUCAACGGGCUAAAAAUAACAGCCGUAGAAGCCGAGCCGGUGGGGGAGAUCAUCUGGGAUCAACGCCAGGGGCGCGGGCUGCAGGUCAAUUUUAUUUUGGAAAACGACGGACGUGAUAGGGUGAACGCGACUACUCGGCUAGGGACGGCUGGGAGAAGGAUUAACCGCGACACCGUGAUGGAGGAGGUUGCUGGAAGUUCGAAACCCCAAGCAGAGCCUGAGGCCGAGGAACCGGAAAGGGUCUAUGGAAAACCUAGGGAAGAGGAGCCUGCCGACAAAGUUACCGCUGCCAAGAAGAAGUUUAGGUGCCAAAUCCCGAUCUUAUCCUUGCCAGAAAUCGACGACACCAUUAGUAAGUUACUAGGAACCAUGGUGUCGGUGUCUUUUCAGACUAUGCUGCAGGCUAGCCCUAGGUUGCUCAAAGGGCUUAGACAAUUGUUGACCCGGUGGCAAGUAGAAAUAGGCGACAACCCCGAAUUACCAGAAGGGGAGAAGGAGGAGGAAGUUCCGCAAGAAGUGGCUAACCUUCAGAGGASUCGCGGGGACUUGGAGGAUCUCGAGAAAGUUUUUGCGGAUAUUCGUUUGAGUUUGCCCGACCGAGAGGGCGGCGAGGUCAUGAGGUUACCACCGGGGAGAAAGCUUAGCUUUCAUGCGCUGCCCGUAGGGAAGCUGAAAAUCCAGAUUGGGACGCAUCAUACCGACGCAUUAGUAGACGGGGGAGUACAAAUCACUCUCAUAAGGAGAGAUUUCGCAACGAUCACGGGAUGUGCGGUAAACAAGGAAGUAACAGGGAGCAUCCGGGGAGCUGGCGGGGAAAUCCUGUUUGCUGGGUACGUCACGAAGUGUGCUGUGAAGGCAGGGGUCAGGGAAUCGGUCUGGUCGUUUCAGCGGAUGACCGUAAUGGAGGAAAUGGACCACGACAUAAUCCUCGGGAGACCGUGGUGCGCGAACGUAGAGAUGAUAGGCAUGCACUUGCACGAUGGCUCGUACAUGGUAGAUAUAAAGGACCCUAUGACCGGCCGGGGCGAGCUCCUUCGACUCCUUGGAACGGUAGGAGACCCCCCGAAGGGGAAGCUGGCAACAUGGUCGCCGUCGUUCGAGGAUAGCACGCGGAAAGGGGCUUUCGCACGGAUGGAGGGUAUGAGAGAAAGGGUAGAAAUCAUGAUUGAGGGAACAUUCAACAAAAAAGAGUGGAUCAAGAUGGGCCUGCCCCAGAAGAAGAGGAGGCAGGAGGACGAAGUCCUAGGUGUUAUGGUAGCGGAAAAGGAGUCAGAGGUCGAACUUGGUGCUAGCCUGCCCAAACGGAAAGAAGUACGCAUAGACGUGCCGGAAAUUGCACUCGAGAUUCCCGAUCUAUUGCAACUCAUCAAGGCCCUCAGAUACCACAAGGUAAAAGUGGAUUCGGCAGCCUUGGCCAAGUUCAAAAGAGAGGUGCAAAAGGGAUAUUGCAUGAAUGGGAAACUAGUUAGUAUUCAACCACGAGUCGUAGAGGCCACGGGGGCAAUUCCGACUGUUCAUUUUUUAGGAGAAAGAUCCCGGAAGGAAGUGUUCGAAAGUACAAGCCAGUAGGGAGGAAAGCAAAACCGGUCUCG